CGUGUAUUAUAGCCCGUAUCAUUGGCAACUACCCCAGCUUGAUUGUAACUUUGACAUAUUGUUUGAUAAAAGAAAAUUUGUAUGACACUGAGAAAACUCUAAACUGACAUAAGAUAGUAGGUAGUAAAUGUUGAAUUAUAUUAUUUUUCGAGGAAUUUCCCAAUAUAUUAUGUUAUACACAGACACACAGAGAUAUUUUACAUUAUAUAUAGACGUGUCAAUGUCAGAUAAUGAGUUUGUGACAAAACAAUGACGUUACAAAAACAGGCCCUCGAACAGUUCCUUCGGCACACUUGCAUAUCGAAGUGCGAUUAUCUCAAGCCAACCCUGGACUUUUAUCCUGCUCACAGGCAAUGUAUAUUCUCACUGAGACGUUUCUGUGUGUAUGUAUGGUUGUACAGAUAUAGUUGUAGGUAUAGUUUGGUCGCAUGCUGUAUUUUGGAAGAGAUCUAGACAGGUUCUUGCGCAAGACUUCGGUAACCUUCACCCAGGAUCAAAACAAAGAUGGCGGAGAGAAAGUCGGGAGCAUGGAGACUACCAAUCCACGACUUUCAGGACGACAUUGUCGCCAAUGUACGUCGGUCUCAGGCACUUGUUGUUGUUGGGUAUACUGGAAGUGGGAAGACCACACAGCUUCCUCAAUUUCUGCACAAAGCAGGCUUUAGUAAGAAUGGUUUGAUCGGUGUGACUCAGCCCCGCAGAAUGGCAGCCCUGUCUGUGGCAGCCAGGGUAGCUCAGGAGAUGAAAUGCACCCUGGGAAGGAAAGUGGGGUAUCAAGUGAGGUUUGAUGACUGCACAUCACAGGAGACACAGAUCAAGUACAUGACUGAUGGCUGCCUGCUGCGGGAGUUUCUAGAUGACAGAGAGUUGAGCAGAUACAGUGUCAUCAUUCUGGAUGAAGCUCACGAAAGGAGCCUGGACACAGACAUUUUGUUUGGCUUGAUGAAGGAAAAGUUUCUGAGGGAGGAGGAGGACUCCAGUCGGAGACACCAGCUGAAGGUGGUGGUGAUGUCAGCAACCCUGGACAGCAGCAAAUUCUCCCAGUUCUUCAACAACUGUCCUGUGUUUGAGAUUCCUGGGAAGCUGUUUCCUGUGAAGGAUGUCUACUGUAACAUGAUCAAGCCUGAAGAUGUUAAGAAUCCUAGUUACUGUAGUCAGGCAGUGCGAGUAGUGAUGGACAUCCACACUGACCAGCCACAGGGAGACAUCCUUGUGUUCCUGACAGGUCAGGCAGAGAUCGAGAAGACCUGUGAUAUCUUGUACAAGAAGUCUGAGGAACUAGACUACAGGAAGACGUGCGUGACCCUCGAUGUGACCUCACUGCUCAUCCUGCCUGUGUACGGAUCCAUGCCUACUGAACAACAACAGAGGAUCUUUUCCCCUGCCGACUUGGGAGUUAGGAAAUGUAUUGUUGCUACGAACAUAGCAGGAACAUCGCUUACUAUUGAUGGCAUUAGAUAUGUAGUGGACAGUGGUUUUGUAAAGCAGCUGUCAUACAACCCCAGGACAGGGCGUGGACACUCUUCAGGUGGGUACCCACUAUCCAGAUCAGAAGCUAUCCAGAGAGCAGGAAGAGCAGGUAGGACAGCACCUGGCAGGUGUUACAGACUAUACAACAGAGAAUUUUAUGAUCAGUGCAUGCCUGAGGACAUGUUGCCAGAGAUCCAGCGGACCAGCCUGACCAGUGUGGUGCUCAGUCUCAAGUCCAUGGGUAUUCACAAUGUCCUCAGGUUUCACUACCUGGACCCGCCCGAGGAGCGCAUGUUGUUAGAGGCCCUUAAACAACUCUUCUACUUUGAUGCCAUUGACAGGUCUGGCCGUGUGACCCCCCUGGGGAGACUGCUGGUACAGUACCCCCUGCCCCCAGGCCUGGCCAGGACCGUCAUCUCCUCCAGCUCCCUGGGCUGCCAGGACCUGCUGCUGCCCAUCGCUGCCAUGCUGUCUGUAGAAAAUGUCUUCAUCAGACCUGGUGAGGGGAAGAAGCAGGUCGAGGCUCAACAGAGUCACCAGCGGUUAGCUCACCUGGCCGGGGGGACUAAUGACUUCACCACCCUGCUCACAGUCUUCCAGAAAUGUAAAGAAAGUGACUCUCCGGCUCGAUGGUGCAGAGAAAACUACAUCCACUGGAGAGGGGUGAAGAUGGCCCUGAGCAUACAUCAGCAGCUACAGGGGAUCCUAGACAAGCAAACUCAGACAGCAGACUUCCCCAGACAGAAGCUGGAAGGUUCUCCCAGUGAGCUGCUGAGAAGAGCCCUGUGUGACGGCUUCUUCAACCACAUAGCCAGGAGAUCUGCUACUGGCCGCAGCUUCCGAACCAUGGAUGGCCACGCCUCCACUGUGUUCAUCCACCCUUCCUCAGUGCUGUUUGGAGAGGAAGCCCAGCUGGACUGGGUGAUUUUCCAUGAGGUGGUGUGGACAUCCAAGGUGUACAUGAGAACAGUCUGCCCGGUCAGAUACAGCUGGGUGCAGGACCUGCUUCCCAAGCUGCACCAGCUGGACCUGUCCUCCCUCAGCGGCUGUCAGCUGAUCGCUGACGAACCCACACCAACUGCACAGGACCAGGAUGUACACAAACCUCUUCUAGGAGGUCAAGGUAGAGCCUCCAGUUCCCCGAGCCCUGAUGUCAGCAAGCUUGCCAAGAGGAACGAUGACUCGUCCAUCUCUGAGGCACGGCUCAGGUACCUGCAGAGGAAGGAGGCCAGAGGGAAGCCCAGGAGAUGACAACAUUCUUACACCUGGUACAGGACUCUUUGGUCUCACAUGCUUUUACCUCUGAAAUAAAUGCACAGACUUUGAAAUUUGUAACGUUAGUAUCUCCACAGUAUCUUUCAGAAGACUCAGGUGUUCCAGUACAUUUGUAUUUUUAUUUUAGCUUCAGAGUGAUUUAAAGACUCCUUCCAGCAUAAGUAUAGGCUAGGCUGGCUGAUGCAAUACCUGCCCUUUUCUCUGCUACACAUCCAGUUUUACCUCUGUGGAACUGAAAGUGUCCCUCUGAGCCACUUGUAUGUUUGGAUUGCAGCCAACCUUUCUCUUUCCUUCUUUAGCACACCUCCUAGGAUUGUGCAAAGACUCAUGCCUGUCACGGAAGCUUCUAAACAAAACAAUGCCUCAACAUAUGAAGAAGUAAUUGGUGCUCUGUCAGGCUUUGUGAGGUUGAUCCUUGUAGUAAGCAUCUCAAAACUGUACCCUAUCCUGGUUUUUGGUUGUAGUGGUAAGUGGUUUUUGGAUAAGCUUUAACAGGCUAUUGUCAGGUCUUUACAGCCCCUUAUCUGUCUUUGCAGUCCCCUAUUGUAACCCAAAACAUGUGAGUGGAGCCUUGUUUUGAGGUAAAAAAUGAAAAAAAAAGUCCUUACAUGUGGUGAUGUAUGUGUACUCUGUUGUGCCAGCUCAGGGAAGUGUUUGGUGUAAGCUGCAGUUUGAUCCCACUGUUGUGCAUGAUGCGGGUAAUCAUAGUGGAAUGUGCCUCCUUAACCAUUGAUGAGGAAGAUCCCUUCAGAAACUGUGUCAGCAAGUCUACAAAGUAAAACCUUGAGGGGAAAGCUGGACAUUAACCAAGCUAAA